ACCUUUUGCUCUCUCUCUCUCUCUCUCUCUCUCUCUCUCUCUCUCUAUAUCUUCCUCGUUCUCUCUCUAGAGACUCUAUUUAUAAAGUACUAUAUUUAUCCACUCGUUUGUUUCUCUGAACUAUCCCUGCUCCGUUUAACUCGGUGGUGAUUCGGCCGACUCAGUCACCAUGACUCGACGAUGCUCGCAUUGCAGCAAUAACGGCCACAACUCCCGCACCUGCCCCACGCGCUCUACUGGAGGCUCAUCUUCGUCGGCGUCUUCUGCUGCCGGAGUCAGGCUCUUCGGUGUCAGACUCACCGAUGGGUCCAUUAUUAAGAAGAGUGCUAGUAUGGGCAACUUGUCGGCACACUAUCAUUCCUCAUCAUCAGCCGCCGCUUCACCCAAUCCCGGCUCUCCCUUAUCGGAUCACGUCCGUGAUUCGCGAAACGUUCCGGACGGGUAUCUGUCUGAUGACCCGGUCCAUGCUAGCUGCUCCACUACUCGACGCGGAGAGAGAAAGAAAGGUGUCCCAUGGACAGAAGAGGAGCAUAGGCUAUUCUUAGUUGGUCUUCAGAAAUUGGGGAAAGGAGAUUGGCGUGGAAUAGCUCGAAAUUAUGUGGUGUCUAGAACUCCUACCCAGGUAGCAAGCCAUGCUCAGAAGUACUUCAUCCGCCAGACCAAUGCCACAAGAAGAAAGAGACGCUCCAGUCUUUUUGACAUGGCUGCAGAACCCCAGACAGUACCAGAAGAACAAGAGUUGCCAUCUUUAGGAGGAACUGAUAAAGCAGACACGCAACCUUCACUGAACCUAUCUCUGAAGCCAGAAUAUGAACCUAUGCAAACUGCAUCAGAAGAACAAGUUAAAGAACCUGAUGAAACAGUGAUGGAUUCCAGCGAAUCAAGUCAAACUGUUCCCAGAUUAAGUGAAUCCACUCCAAUUGUCCCUCAGUUGAGUGAAUUCACACCGUUUGUUCCGGGAUUCUUUCCAGCUUAUGUGCCAAUCCCUUAUCCAUUUUGGCCUGCUAAUACUGUCCCCAUUCAAGAACUAAAGGCUGCAGAGACAUCAAAUCAUGAGGUCUUAAAGCCAAUUCCCAUCUUUCCCAAGGAGCCUGUCAAUGUGGAUGAUCUGGUUGGCAUGUCUCAUCUAAGCAUAGGAGAGACUGAGAGAGGCCAAAGAGAGCCUUCGCCGCUCUCCCUGAAAUUAAUAGGUGAGCCGUCGAGGCAGUCGGCUUUUCAUGCCAAUGCUCCAGCAGUGGGUUAAGAGUAAAAACAGGGUAAUGGUAGUCAUAUACAAGCAGUUUGAAAUGGAGAAAAGAAGCUGUAUUUUAGCACUUGAUCUCCCCCUCCCCCCCCUCUCUUCCCCUGUAUAAUUGAUAGUGUGAAGCUUCACUGUUCUUUAUAACAUAGGGUGACAAUGAUUUGGUUUGAAAUAUUAAUUCUUUCCAACUGUAAUCAGCUAGGAGUAUAAAUAAUCGAAUGGGGCUUGGCACAGGAUUGCCAUCUUAAUUUUCAGUCCUUUGAUUUUUUAUACGAAUUGCCAUAAACGAUUAACUUGA